AUGAAGGAAGGCGUGAUCAGCCGGCCAUCCCUUGGUCAGGCGAGCGACGAGUACGAGCGCUUCGCCGUCGGCUCGCUGCUCGCCCUUCGCCAGUACUGCUCCUCGCCCGCUGCCGCCGCCGCGAUUGAGCGCGAGGGUGCGAUGCGCGGCGGGCAGUACGACGUGGUCGUGUGGGACCUGGAGCGUGAGCUUCUAGAGGAGCUCACGGACGCGCGGCUGCUGAGCGGCGUCGAGGUGGCGGCGCAGAUCCGCUGGCUGCGCAGCGCCCUCCCGGCGGAGACGUCGCUGCUGUUGCUCGACGUGCCACCUGUUUGGGAGGACGGGUCGCCCGUGCCCAAGGCGGCACGGCCGGAGGCGCCGCCUUGGGCUCUCUUGGACGGCGUCUUCACGCCGUCGGAGCUCGCGCGCGUGAUCGCUCUCUGCGAGCAGCUCGACCGCUCGGCAGUCAGGGACCCCGAGAUCGCCGGCUUCAAGCUGGCGACGACGAGCGUGGUCCACUACUCCGUCUCUGCCGACGGCGCGCCGUCGUUUGCCGGCGACGAGCCGCCGGACCCGCUCCUCGACACUGGCUGGCUGUUCCGCCCGCUCGUGGCGGCGUUGCGGCGCGGAGACGCUGCGCUGGGCGGGGCCCUGCCUCUGAGAGCUUUUUGCACGUCGGUGCAGUACAACCGGUACGACGGAGGCGACCACUUUGAGCAUUUCCACGUGGACGAGGUGGAGUGCGAGACGGCGUACAAGUCGCUCUCGCUCGUGCUCUUCCUGAGCCGGCCCGACGAGUACGGAGGCGGCGAAUUCGAGCUGAGGAGGGGCGAGGGCGGGCAGGUGACGGCGCUGCGCCCGGACGCCAACAGCGCCGCGGUCUUUUGCGCGCGCGAGGUCUUCCACCGCGUGCGGCGCGUCACGCGCGGCGCGCGGCGGACGCUGGUGCUGUGGGCGUGUGCCACCCGCGCGAGCGCGGUGUGCGACGGCCCCGCCGAGCCUUGCGUGGCGUUUGGUCGGAUUGGUGCCUCGCCGUUUCUUUAG